AUGUCGGCCGGCGUGCCCAUGGAGCCCCAGCAGGAGAUGAUGUACGCGGCGCCCGCGGAGCCGCAGCGCAUGAACAUCUCCCCGGAGAUGUUCCAGAAGCUCAUGGCCGGGCAUCCCGUGACUGAGGAGGAGAUCCACGCGGACGCCGCGGCCAUGGGCGGGGCGGCGGCCAUGGGCGGGGCGGCGCCCGUCGUGGAGGCGGCCACGGCGGCGGUCGACGCCGCCGCCGACGCGGUGGGCGCGAAGAAGAAGUCCAAGAAGGAGAAGAAGAGCAAGGACCGGACGGGAGCAAGAAGGUCAAGACCAAGUCCGGGAAGAAGAAGGGCUGCUGCUGAGCGCCGGCGGUGGCCGUUUACCCCGUGGGGGCUUUUGAUUUAA